UUGUUUUAACGGAUUUUUGCCAAAAUUCGGUUUUUGAAGUAGAUUAUUGAGUUUUUAAUUCCAGCACUAGAUUAACAAGUUACCUCCCAACAUACUUAUGCAUUCAAAAGUAACCUACGCGACCUACGUAACCAGCACGUUCUAUUUGUAUUUGGGACGAUGAAAUUCCUAGCUACAAAAAAGUAAUCAUAAACCAUCUCGCAUGUCAAUUUGUCAAUUACACAUCACUGCAACAAUAUAUUUUUAAUUUAUUAACAGGGUCAUUUCACAAAGCCUAAAAAUUGAUUUGCAGCUGUUCUGGUGUAAGCCCACUGUCGAAAAGAUGUUUGGUUAGCAUCAUUUCUAAUUACAAAAGUUUUAAACAAUGAAUUUAAAUCAAGAAAAUAAGAUUGGUAAGCAAGCAUGUGAGGAUAAUGCAAAAGAUACCAUACCAUUUAGCAGAAACAAUGAUGAACCUGCAUCUAAAACUAAACAUACGUUGACAAAUGCAGGUAUAAAUGUUCAUGUAUCAAGCUCAUUGGAUGGAAAAGACACAAAUUUAAUAAACAUGGAAAAAAAUAAUGAUAUAGUUCAUUCCAAUGAAAACAUGACAUGCGAAAUUAUAGAAAGUAAACAAAUGAAUAAAAACUUUAAGAACCAAGUUCUGGACAUCUGCAGUGAUAGAGUAGAAGCAGCAACAGAGUGCAAAAUAGAUGAAACAUCUAAUUUGAAGACACCACAAAAAUAUUUUGGAGAAUAUUUUACUGCUCGAACUUAUGAAGAAUUUCAAACUCUUUUGGAGAAUUAUUUUGAAAGAACUGGAACUCGUUUUACUGUGUGUAAAAGAUCUAAAUAUUUUGGUCGCAGUAGUACAGAGUGUGAUUUUUCAAAUCACAAGGUAACCUGGCACGAGAAAGAAAAUCCACUGAAUCCUAUUGUUAGUUUUGAUAUGCCAUACAAUGGUAUACCACGCAUCAAUGUUGGGGAUUUCUACUUGCAGUGUCAAUUUGGAAGUGAUUUUGGUGCUUCAAAGAAGCUGAAGAGGGAGAAACAAGAGAAGUUGAGAGAUCAAAUUGGAGAAGGAAAGGACAUCAAGAGACGCUCGUUAAAAAUUCCAACUAAGAAGUGUGGCUGUCCUGCCAAAAUGUCAGUAAAACAAGUGGGGACUUUUCCUGAAUAUAAGAUCCCAAUUAAUAGUGAGUUUCGUAGAAGAACAGCUGCUGUUAAAUUAAGAAAGCAACUGAUUCUUGAUCCGAGCAGCGUGCACUGUGAGAUGUACAUACUUGGUAGAUUUCCUGAUAUGUCAGAACACAAAAAUCAUGGUGUUUUUGAGGGUCAUGAGCAUGAUAAGGAGAUGAUAGACAAAGAUAUCGUGUUAAAAAUACAACAGCUUCACAUGCAGAAUCUUACAAUUAGUGCAAUCAUAAAAUCGUGUGAAGACUUCGUUUUAAAUCAAAUAUUUUACAAGCAAAAACCGCCUGAAAGGAAACGUCGAAAAUAUUUCCCCAAAUCUAAAGAUAUACGAAACAUUGUCACACGCAUGCGCAUUUUAUGCCAUUGCUCAGAAGAACAGGAAAAGAGAAUUUCUGAUUUUAUUGAACAAGCCAAAGGCGAAAAUGAGUACUUGAAUGCAUGUUUUGAUGUCAAAUACCAAGAUAGUCAAGAAGUUGACGCAGAGUCAUCAGAUGACGAGUUCUUUGAACCAGAUUCCAAUGGAAAAAAAAAUAAGAGAAAGAAAAAACCCAAGAAACCUGAAAGUAAAAAACAAACAUUUUUAUUCUGCUGUCAAACACAAAAACAACAGCGUCUGUUGAAGAGAUACGGUGGGAUAGUAUUUGUUGUUCGUGUGGAAAAUAAAAGUCGUGCAGCACCUUUUCACAUGUACAAUAUACUUGUCCAAACCAAUGUUGACUAUCAAACUGUGUGUUCGAUGAUUGUGAGUAGAGACAAUCAAGAUGGCGUAAAGGACGGUAUGACUUUGUUGAAAGAAUGGAACACAUACUGGAGCCCAAAAUAUUUUGUUGUGGAUAGCGUUAAAGAGAUAUACAAUGUUGUUGAUGAUUUAUUUCCAGAAGCAUCGUACUUUUUGAAUCCUCAAUCUUGCGAAGACAAAUGGAUGAACUUUUUAAACACACCUUCAAACGAACUAGCUGAUCAAGCCGAAGAAGUGAUGGCCUUCUUGAGAAAUAUGGCGUACUCUACCACAGAAGAUUCUCUGACAAUCGCAGCAGCACUUUUUGAGGGUAGUAGUGCAUGGAAUAAUUCGUCCAAGUUGAGAACAUGGUUUCAAACAACGUGGUUGCAUAUGGCUAAGAAAUGGGUAUUUGGUUACCGUCCAGAAGACUUGUUAAUUACAAACCAUUGGAAGGUGAGUCCAAACGAGUGCGUAAAAAAGUACGAACAAGCAUUAGUAGAGGUGACACAUACAAAGUAUUGGUUGGAAACUGUUAUUAAAAGCGUAUGUACAAAGAUUUCUGAAGAUGAUUAUAAGGAGUACGUCAACAGAAAUAAAGAGCUUUAUUUGACAAGUAAAGAGUUUUAUAGAGAUAACCCGAUAUCAAGUUGUUACCAAGGCGUUCCCAUGGCAAUAUUACCUCAUGUCUACGAUGUCGGUGUAAUUUCUCAACAAAAUAAAUUUGAAAUUUCAGAUAAUCAGUUAGGUCUCUUUACUGUAAAAUAUGAACCUGAAUUUGUUGACGUUACUGGUGAUGAGAGACUGGAAACAACAGCUGAUCAACCUGGCAAAGAGUCUGGCACGUCUCCAAAGGCGGAUGCUACUAUAGAUGGCCAGAUUGAAGAGUUGAGCAAAGAUGUUUUACAAUCUGGAGAGUUUACUGUUUCAUUUGGUGAUUUGUGGAACUAUCCGUUUUGCACAUGUUCGUACUGGCAAAUGUAUAAACUGCCGUGCGUUCAUAUGUUUGCAGUUUUCUGUGAAGUACCUGAUUGGAAAUAUGAUAUGUUGGCUCCAUUAUAUCGUUUUGCAAAUGUACUUCAUUUCGAUUAUUCUUGUGUAGAUACAGAAAUUGACAAUAAAAGUUCUUCUUCUGAUGCUUGUUGUCAAACCACAAUUCUAAGUCAGUCGGUCGAGAUUCAAAAAGAUUUGAAUGAGGAGAAUCUAUUUAUCCGUCCUCCAUCUGUUGACAAAAACUUUCUUCACCAAUGCAACGAAUUUUUGCUGCAUUUUGAUAAGUUAGCAAUUCUGUUCAAGGAUAAAAAACUGUAUAAGACGUUACGUCAUGAACUCCAGUCUUUAAGAAACGACCUGUUGUCGAAUGCGGUUAGUAAGAAAAAUCCAUUUGAAGUUUUAACUGUGAAACAUGAUUUGUCAAAUGAAAUAAAAUAUUCUUCUUCGCACGUAUCUCCUGAAUGUGUUACAAAGGUGAAGAAAUCUACAUACUCUGCGACGCAAAUGAAAGUUGCUGCAAAUAAAAAGAAUGUUACAGUCGUGAAAGUGGCAGAGGGUGAUGACGUCAAUAGCGUGUUAGACGCACUUGCUCAAGAAAAUCCACGCAAAAGUUUUAAGGUAUAUAGAGAAGACGCCGCUAUAGAACUUCUUUCAGAGAAUUCAGCCGUAACCAAAUUGAAAAGCGAAACACUUACACAUCGAAUUUCAGAAGUAACUCCAAUUCUAUCAAAAGUUUCUACUAGAUCAGCGGAACGGAAUCUAAAACGCACUGUCAUUGUUGUUAAGGCUGCGGACAAAGCAUCCAAGAAGGAGAGCGCAGGAUGUUUGUCAAACGUACCAAGGAAAUUACAACCAACGGUGUUGAAAAAAACUACAAAAAUGUCUACCAAAAGAACGACGAAAGGAAUCGUUAACGAAAAGUCUGAGUGUUCAUUCGCAACGUGCGCUUCGUCUAUAAAUAGGAGUCUCACUGAGGAUACUACAGUUAAAAAUCCAACUAUUGCAAAGGAUGUCGGUCCAUUACUUGGAGUGUGUACAAGUCCUGUUUCUUCAUCAAUUGUUAGCAAUACGAAAUCCCACACUUUCCGCACGCUAGCAGUGAUGUUAGAUGCUCAUUCUUCUAUCCCAAUAACUUUGGAGAAAAGCAAACCACGUCCUUCGAAAAACUAUCCCCGUAGUGUUGUAAUUGUAAAAUCUAAAUCACAAUCAGGCCAUGUUUCUGAUCAACAAGAUACAGAGAAACGAAAUUUAUCACCUAAAAGGAAAAGCGUUUCCGUGACGGAUUAUUUACCGAAUUUUAAGAAAAAAUGUCCAGACAUAUGAGUAUAUCAAAACUAUACUUCAAAAUCUUUUGACUUCUCUCAUUACAGCAUUAAAAAAAUAAAAUUGCAGUUUAUUUUUAAUUUUUAUUUGAACGUGGUAAUAGUUAUGUUGUGAUGUGUACAAUAUGUUAAUAUAUUGUUUUUGUUUUUCAAAAAUCUGUGAGCCUAUGUGCCACGGAAAAGCAUUUUGAAUAUUUUUAUGCCUUGUGAAUGCAGCGAUAAAAUUUACGUGUUUAUUGCAAAAUUUUCUGUAUCGUAUAAAAAAGGAAAAAUACACGCAGUGAUCUGGUGUAAUUUUGCUAAGUAUACAAAAAAUUGCUUCAUACCCCCAGUGCUAAAGUUUUCGAUUUUUUGAUAAAUUUAUACGAUACAUUAGUGAUUUGAGAAUUAAUUUGCGUAAAUCGAGGCAAACUAUAUAUUUCGCGUAAAUUUAUUUUCGCAAAUUUUGAAGUGUCUAUUUUCGAGUACCUCACCAAGUAUGGUAGCAUGUUAAAGUCAGUAACGACUGAUGUUACGCAAAGCAUAGCAAAAUCCUUUCUUCUUUUCAUCUUUCGUGCUUUGGUACUGUAUUUUAAACAAAUUGCAUGUUUAUUUAUUUUUGCGAAUAAGAUAUCAGAUUUUGCGCUAGAUCGUGUGCGUGUAUAUUUCAACCUCGUCCCCAAGGGUUUUUGCUAGCGGCUCUGGCAUAGGCAACAAAGCCUGGGGACGAGGAUGUGUAUUUUUUUAUUUUUUUUAUUUUGUAGGCAGAAGAAUUCAGAAAUGGCCUAAAAUAGGGCUGACUGUGAGAUCAAUUUUUUGCGAUCAAAAUGCUCACUGUGAUGAUAGAUUAGCUGCCGUCAAUUUUCCGGAUUCGUGAAAAUGAUGGUGAAUUCCAUUUCAGAUUAACAUUCAUAAUUAUC